CCCGAUCAAUGAAUACCUUCCUAGUUCCUAGGGACCUAGAGGCCAGAACGUGUGUGUAAACCACAGGAGCGCAUUUCAUGUUUGCUCUCUAGGGUUCUUGAUUUCCACUGUCCACACUCUGCUGCAGGACUCACAAACAACGAGUAGCAGUAAGUACGUUCUUCACAUUUUAGAUCGGUUAAUCCAAUCGUUCUUCGCUUAUUACGGUGAACACCGACGGUAAGAGACAGGAGAAUCUAGGGUUUCAGUUUCGUCCCCUCCCUCAGUGCCAGUCCCAGGGUUCUUGUUGCCGUAUUGAUUUGAUUUUUCAAGGUUGGUCCAACACUUUGUGUGGCCAUGGCUGAUACAGAACAAGUUGUUGGAAAUGAUAUAGCAUCUUCUUUGUUAGAACAACUUGGCAAGGCAUUCCUUGAACUGCAAGCUCUGAAUUGUGCCCCUGAGGAAAAGGUUCAGUGGGUGGAGAUUGAAGAACACUUUUGCAACCUUGAAACAACAUUGAAGAAGAAAUUUGAAGAACUGGAAUUUAAAGAAAAGGAGUUUGAGGACAAAAAAUCUGAAACUACCACUUUGCUUGCAGAAAGAGAAGCAGCUGUUGUCACGAAAGAGCAAGACUUCAUUGAUCGAGUUCAGGAGAUAAAAGAUGCUGCUGUUGCUGCCAUUGCUGACGCACGGGCAACUUACCAGCCAAAGUCUUUGGAGCCUUUUGAUGGUGGGGACAACAAAGCAAGCAAGGUAAGCAGAUCUCUUGGUGAUACACAUGUACUCCCCACAGACUCCAAGGAGAAAUCCCCUUAUAUGACAGAUGAAAAUGCUGAAGGCAUGACUGUCGGGGUUAAGCCUCGUCCAGAGCUGACGCAAUUUUGCGAGCAUAUGGAUGCAAAAGGACUUCUGAAAUUUGCUAUGGAGAAUAGAAAAAAUCUAUCAGCCUUUCGGGAUGAAUUUUCUGUUGCACUGGAAAGUGCAACUGAACCAGCCCAUUUGGUGCUGGGUUCACUGGAAGGGUUCUACCCUCCUGAUGAAACCACCCAACAAGGGGACAAGAAGGAUGCUGCCCUUCUGGGCAUGCGCCAAUCCUGUGUUGUGUUUAUGGAGGCCAUGGCCGCCUUAUUGGCGAGGGCUGAUCCAGGUGCUGAUCACCUUUUGAACCCUGAGACCAGGCAGCAAGCCAAGGUAAUUGCUGAUGAGUGGAAGCCUAAGUUGGCUGGUGCAGGUAUUGAUGCUGCCAAUGGAAAUUCAUUGGAAGCAGAGGCAUUUUUGCAGCUCCUUGCUACUUUUAAUAUUGCUUCAGAGUUUGAUGAAGAAGAACUCUGCAAGGUUGUUCUUGCAGUUGCUCAUCGCAGGCAGGCACCUGAGCUCUGCCGUUCUCUUGGGUUAGCACACAAAAUGGCAGGUGUUAUUCAAGAAUUAAUUGACAGGGGCAAACAAAUUGAUGCUGUACGUUUUAUUCAUGCAUUCCAGCUUAGUGAAAGCUUCUCCCCCAUGCAUCUCCUUGAGAUGUACUUGCAGAACCACGGGAAAAACUUGCAAGAAAAAGGUGGGAACUCAGGUGGCACUGGUGGUGCACAGAACCUUACAAAUGCACAAGAGCUUGCUGCUUUGAGGGAUGUAAUUAGAUGCGUUGAAGAAUGCAAACUUGAAGCUGAGUACCCACUUGACACACUACAGAAAAGGGUCUCUCAGCUAGAGAAAUCAAAGAAUGACAAGAAGGGCUUUGGGAACCCUGGGAAACAUAAUCAUCGAAAGAAGCCACGAGCUGGAGGAGGGUUCAAUCGAUUCCGUGCACCAUCUGCUGCUACUGCUGUGACUGGUAGGCAUGCUCCUCCUGCUUUUGCUGAGAGGCCUGCAUACAUGGGAAUGCCAGAGAGAUAUCCUCAUGCUGGUCCAAACACAAACUAUCAACUUCCUAACCAGUCUAAUUAUGCUCAGCCAGUUAAUGAUCAAAGAUUGUAUUACUAUUCCCAAGAUGAUAGAACUACUUCAACGGCAUAUAAUGCUGCGCCUCCGCCUCCAUCUAAUUAUGGCGGUUACAUGGGCAGUGGGCUGCAGUCCUCGCACCAACAUCAACCUUAUAUGUAGUCACUUAUCCAAAUAUUAUAGGCACCUUUAGAUGCAAAACUAUUCCAUGGGAUGAUAUUUUUUUCACAGCACAAUUUAGGAUGUGAUCUGUCCUUCCAUGCUCUAAGAACCUAUUCCAUGUUCAGAAUUGUAGGCUGUAGCUGCUUCGCUUUAGAUGUGUAUGGCAUGUUUUGUUGUAAUGGAAACACAUUUGCAGAGGAAAAAUCAAGUGUUCGCUUAAAUCGAUAA